GAAGACGAUUUCAUAAGAAUGUCACCAUCGACUAUUUUUGCUCAGUUUGGUAUGGUGCUGGUCUGGCUGACAUGCACUGGCCACAGCGCCCCCGUGAUGAGAGAUUCCUCUACAGCCUUUCUUGUCUCCUCACCAUCCUGUCACGUGUUUAAUGUACUCCGCGUUGACAGCCCCGGAGGCGCUCGAAGGAGACUUUCCUUCAGCGGCCAUACUUUUACCCAGCAAUCAAAGUUUUUAAUCAAGAAAUACAUUGGCGCAAACCAAAGAGUGCAGUUGAGUAUUCACUGGGCGAGCGAUCCAAAGUUCCUCCUGACUGUUGUGGGAUCCGACAUAGUUCUUAAGGACUCUUCGGGUAUCGUUGGUGUUAGCAAUCUUUUCGAGGAAGGCCCUGGCAUUGGAGGACUAGUGACGUUAAGAUCCCUCGACACAGCCUCAAUUAGAUACAUCUACGGUGAUCUUAGCGGCAACAUUUCACUUGGGACGUGCCAUAGAAGUCCGUAUGCGCAGCUUCGAAUUUGUCUCAACGAACAAAAUUGUGACGUCUGACACGACAGAGACCACAUCAGGAAACACUCACAGAGGACACUGCGGGCUUUGAUAGCUUGUCAUGCUUUUUAAAGGUCCCUUGUCAGCAACACUUUGUUAAAUAUUAUUUCUAUGCUUUGGUGCACUAUCGGAGGAGAAUAAGAAGUUUGCAGUUACCAAAAGCUUUUUUGUAUGUAAGCUUUUGGUUGUAUGUGAACUGUUUCAGGUUUGAAAACUAUUGCUACUUGGUGCGUACAUUCAAAUAACGUUGUCAGUGCAAAUGGCAAAUACUUAUUGUCAAAUUACAGUUCUCUUAUAGAAAUAAACCAUGAAUGUCGUCAUAUUUCUACUGAAUGCAAACAAGUAUGGAUAAAUACUGCUAUUAGUUUACUUGUCACCUUUUUUCUUACUUAUAAUCAAAACCAAUAAGCGGAGGCAGUGGAACAUUUCCAUUCGCUGUUUGUACUGACAACAUUUUUCGAAUUAGGUGUAUACACUAGUAAAGGUUCGGUCGUUGGAUAAAAUAUAAACUCAUUGAAGCAUUACAUUCCUCUCAAUAAAUAAACCCCAAGAGAUAUGCAAUAUACAAAACACCUUCAAACACGAAUUAGUAAACAAAAAUAAAACUUUAAUCCCUCAACAUGAUUAGGCUUGUACAUUAGGUUUCUAAACAUCGAUCACAUCACUCUUUUGCUUUUCUCCUCUAAAACUACAUAAUGUAAGCUAAAACAAAAACAAUGUACAAACGCAAAAUAAGACCUGGCAGACUGGGUGGUAUAAUUUUCAUAUAUUUUUUUUCUGCAAAAACCAUAUAAGCUAUGUAUCCAAACUGGCGAUGAAUAAUUACAAACUAAAGUGUGAA